AUGGAAUUACAGAUCCAUACAUCGUGUAACUGUUUGAAAACGAAAAUGAGUGAUGGUAUGAAAACUCCUGCCAACAAAUUCAUUUCUGAUAGAUGUGAUAGUGGCUUAACAGAUAGUGUUACAUCUGAUUAUUCUUCGCCGGAAUCUCCAAUACCAAAAAAACAAUCACGUUUCGCUGUUACACGAGUUCAACACCAUCACCCUCAUGUGGAUUCUCAAACUGUGGCAAUUCAUGAUACUCCUCAUAACCAUCUCCAGAAAAUUCCUCCAAAGAAAGGAAAAUUCAUUGUUACACCAGUACGAGACCCUCCAUCUGCUUCCAAGAAAAGUUCUGUGAAGGUCCUCUAUGUGACUGAACAUUCUCCUACAAAUCCAAACAGAGCUUUAUUUCCAAUGGCUUCACCAAAAGUCAGUGAACCUAUGGCACAGUUGCAUAAUCGAAUUGAACAAGCUAUCGAGCUUGUAAAAACACAUUUGACUCUAGCAGUCCGUCAAGAAUUUGAUGUCAUGAAGAAAACGAUUGCCCGUCUUGAGUACAAAGUUGCUAAACUGGAAAGUGAAAACGAUUUACUCCGACGUCAUUCAGGAUUUCCGACUGAUGUUCAUCGUUCCAAAUACUGA